AAAGGCUUCGAUCUAAAAUACGUGAAAGACUUCGAUCUGAGACACGAGAAAAAACUUAUAAGGAAAUAAUGCUUGCUCAUAGAGAUGCGCUUACAAAUCUUAAUAUUUCUCUUUGUAAGGAAUGCCUCUAUCCAAUUAAACUAAAAGA